UCAUUUCUAAUACAAAAAUUGCUUAUGGAAAAACCAAUGUCUUUAUCAAUUGGUCGUGCGUUAUUUUUACUUCUGGUUUGCUUUCUGCUUCAGAAACAAACACAAGCAAUCAAACAGUCAUACAUUGUAUACUUAGGACCACAAUCUAGUCCAAGUACUUCAGCUCUUGAUGUUGAAGCUGUCGCAAAUUCUCACUAUGAUUUGCUUAGCUCAUACGUUGGAAGCGCUGAGAAGGCCAAAGAAGCAGUCUUCUACUCUUAUAGUAAAUAUUUUAAUGGCUUUGCCGCAGUGCUUGAUGAAGAUCAAGCUGCAAUGGUUGCAAAGAAUCCAAAUGUGGUAUCAAUUUUCUUGAACAAACCACGAGAACUGCACACAACUCAUUCAUGGGAUUUCCUUGGAUUAAUAGAGAGAAAUGAUGCUAUUCCAAACGACUCAAUAUGGAGCAAGUCACAGGGUGAAGAUAUCAUUAUUGGGAAUUUAGACACCGGUGUAUGGCCUGAAUCAAAGAGCUUUAGUGAUGAAGGGAUGGGUCCAGUUCCAACAAGAUGGCGUGGAGAAUGUGUUGUUGACGAAAAUAAUACGGAUAACUUUCAUUGCAACAGGAAGCUGAUUGGAGCAAGAUAUUUUUACAAAGGGUAUUUGGCAGCUCUUGGUGACAUAGGAAAUGUAUCAUUCAAUAGUGCACGUGAUGUUGAAGGUCAUGGUUCACAUACAUUAUCAACAGCUGGAGGUAAUGCUGUUAAUGGAGUAAAUGUAUUUGGUUAUGGUAACGGAACAGCAAGUGGUGGAUCUCCAAAAGCACGUGUUGCAACCUAUAAAGUUUGUUGGCCAAAAGUGGAGGGAGCCGGUGGAUGUUAUGAAGCAGACAUUUUGGCUGGUUUUGAAGCUGCCAUAAGUGAUGGUGUUGAUGUCAUUUCGGUGUCUUUGGGUGGUGCGCCUGGUGAAUAUUUUCAAAGCAGUAUUUCUACGGGGUCUUUCCAUGCUAUUGCCAAGGGCAUCGUUGUUGUCAGUUCUGCAGGAAAUUCAGGACCUGCUCCCUCAAGUGUUUCAAAUUUGGAACCUUGGGUGCUCACUGUUGGUGCAAGCACAAUUGAUAGAGCUUUCACUAAUUAUGUUACUCUUGGUGACAACAAAGUUCUCAAGGGAGUUAGCCUUUCAGAGUCCUACUUGCCACCUAAAAAGUUUUAUCCAUUGAUUAGUUCAUCUCAAGCCAAAGCUGAUGGUGCAUUUUUACUUGAUGCACUUGUUUGCAAGGGUGGAUCUCUGGAUCCAGAAAAGGUUAAAGGAAAGAUAGUGGUAUGCCUUCGAGGUGAAACUGGUAGAACUGAUAAGGGUGAGCAAGUUGCUCGUGCAGGUGGUGUUGGAAUGAUUUUGACUAGUGCCGAAGAAUCAGAUAAUAGCGUUUUAGCUGAUCCUCACGUGCUUCCUGCUUCACAUGUUAACUUUAAGGAUGGCAGAUACAUUUUUAAUUACAUUAACCAAACCAAGUCUCCCAUUGCUUCUAUUUCUAGAGUUGAAACAGAAUUAGGUGUAAAGCCAGCUCCAGUUAUGGCAUCGUUUUCAUCAAGAGGGCCAAAUAUCGUUGAUCCAACAAUCCUCAAGCCUGACAUCAUAGCACCUGGAGUGGACAUAAUUGCUGCUUAUAGUGAAGUUCAAUCUCCCUCGGACCUACCAUCUGAUAAACGAAAAACUUCUUUCAUUACUAUGUCAGGGACUUCAAUGUCUUGUCCUCAUGUUUCCGGCGUUGUUGGAUUACUCAAAUCUCUUCAUCCUGAUUGGAGUCCAGCUGCAAUUAAGUCUGCAAUAAUGACCACAGCAACAAUAACAGGCAAUACUGGAAAGCAACUGAUGGAUUCAUCACUAGAAAGUGCAACUCCAUUUGCAUAUGGUGCAGGGCAAAUUCGACCUAAUCGUGCUGCGGAUCCUGGACUUGUUUACGACCUAAAUGUUACAGACUAUAUGAACUAUUUGUGCAAUCAUGGGUACGAAGGUGAUCGUCUUAGCAUAUUCUACGGCAAGCCUUACACUUGUCCAGAAUCUUUCAGUUUAGUAGAUUUCAAUUAUCCUACAAUCACAAUUCCCGACUUGAAGACUGGAAGUUCUCUUAAUGUUACACGCACUCUUACCAAUGUUGGUGCCCCAAGCAUAUAUAGAGUUCACAUUGAAGCACCUCCCGAAUUUUUAGUCUCAGUUGAGCCUAAGAUACUAAACUUUAAGAACAAGGGUGAAAAGAAAGAGUUCCGUGUAACUUUGAGUUUGAGGCCUCUAAAUAAGCUUACGAAUGAUUAUGUAUUUGGGAUGUUAGAUUGGACUGACGGCAAACAUCAUGUUAGGAGUUCUAUUGCAAUUAAGCCACAAUAGUGACAUUUUCGUCUUUUUUUCUGAUAGUCAAUAAAUAAUUUUUUUAAUUGUAAUUGAAAUAAUUAAUA